AUGUCGCAGUUUCAGGAUGGCAAGGACGUGCACGUCCCCCGCCUUGACCACGGGCAGGCGGUUCUGGACGACUUUGCGCGGGUGCAGGAGAAGCUGGCGCCGCAGGUGGUGCAGGAGCGGCUGUUCAAGGACGGCUACGUCGUGAUCGAUGACUUCUGGGGAGCGGAGCGCGCCGCCAUCUACAGAUCGGAGAUUCACCACCUCCUGGAGCACGGGGGCAUGCUGCCGAACCGCACGCAGUUCGCCAGCGCAUCCGGCGGCGUCAUGCAGGCCACGAAGCCCCACAUCUACGAGCUGGACCUGCACCACGACCACGUCCGCGCGUCGCUGCCCGCGCUCGCGGCGCUGUUCCAGAGCACGGCCGUGCCCGACGCCAUUCGCGCCGCCGCCCCGGGCCAGGUCCUGUCGGGGCCGCGGCACGUCACGCUCAAGCUGCAGGUCAACGAAGGCAACGGGGGGUGUUUCCCGGCGCACUACGACAACCCCGGGGCGCCGAACAAGCGGCGCGUGACGAUGCUCACGUACCUCAACCCCGAGUGGAAGGACGGCGACGGCGGCGAGCUCCAGCUCCUGCCGUUCCUGUCGGAGCCCGUGCUCGUCCAGCCCGUGAUGGACCGCGCAGUCUUCUUCCUGUCGGACGUCAUGCUGCACAGGUGA